AUGCCUCUAUUACUUGACAGCCUUGAGGUGACGGUGAUCAUCGACAAUGAGCUGGAUGUAAUGUCUCCUCCACCUCCCACAACCGUGGGUUCAAUCAUCUCCCACGGUUCACUGGGCAAUAUCUCUCGGGAGUCCGCCCACGUCUACCGGGGCAAUGCAGAAGUCCGUGAGCUGAAGAUGGAAAGUAUCUGUUGCGCAGCUCAUGGACUAUCUAUCUUACUGACUGACAGUGGACAGACAGGUACCAUUGGAAAUGAAAAGAGAAGCAUACUGUUUGAUGCUGGGCCAGAGGAAGAUGCAUGGGAACGAAACGCGAAGAGACUCGGUGUAGAUCUCUCGAGUGUUGAAACCAUAGUCCUUUCUCACUGGCAUCGUGAUCAUUCAGGUAGCCCUUUCAUCUACUACCUCUACACUAUCAAUCAAUACAUAACCAUGACUAAUUUUAUAGGCGGCAUGCUACGCGCUAUCCGGAUGAUCAAGAAAGCCCAAGAAGCACAAGGCACCAGUAAUGCAGGAGUAGUAGUAGAUGUCCACCCAUCACGGCCGAAGUAUCGCGGUUUCCAGCUAGGCGAGGAAAUCAUAUCUCUUCAGGCAGAUCCGGGUUUCGACGAAAUGACUGCUGCUGGUGCUACAGUAAGUAAGAAUUCGCAACCACACAACUUGGCAGACGGUAUGUUUCAUGUCUCCGGCAUGAUCCCGCGGGAGACAGAGUAUGAGACUGGCCUCAAGGGGGCAAUGCGACUUGAUGAUGGCGGAAACUGGGAAAAAGACGAAGAAAUCGCGGACGAGCGCGCGGUCACGUGUCGUGUGCGGGCCAGACACGUCAAAAGAAGCCAGCAGCAAGAGGGCAAAGAGGAUGAAGCAAGGGAAGACCAGGAGGAAGAUAUCUUUGCGAUAAUCGGGGGCUACCACCUGGCAACGAGCGACGAGGCGGCGGUGCAUGCAACGGUUCACGAUCUAAAGGCGCUAAACCCGCACUUUCUUGUCCCUGGCCAUUGUUCAGGCUGGCGAGUCAAGAUGGCCAUCGAGAACGCGAUGCCUGGCCGCCUGCUUCCUUGUUCUGUGGGCGCGAAGCUCACCUUCGCUGACCAAGCUCUGUCUGCUGGUGAUCCCUCUGUACCUUGCAGCAGCUCGACAAAAUACUGA